AUGGCUCAAACCCGCUCGAAAGAUGUCGGCCGGCCGAAGAACCUGUUGAGUAUGAGCAAGCAGAACGUCUCGUGUCCAGUCAUGAAGGCCCAAGACAGCACAAGCCUGUUGAUGAGUGCAGGUACGCACAAGGCCAAAUCGUUUGCUGGGAGAUCGAACCAUUUCAAGACGAGACUGAGCGCUCGGGACUUGGAGUUUGCUUGCGAGACUGAAGACGAUCGAGAUCUAGAAAAAUUCGUCCUCAAGAGCGGAGUGGAUCUUGGGUUGGAGAUCGAGAGGGCAGGAUCGAACUUCAACAGAGACAUCGAGUUGCGAGCUCGUUUGGGGAGGGAAAGAAUGAAGAUGAAAUGGAAGGCCUUGGCCAAGGGGUUGAUACUGUCUCAGGCUGUUUGCAACGCUAGAGAGCAGAUGAAGAUUACCAUGUUGGGAUCUGUUCACGCUGACUUCUCGAGGAUCACGAGUUCUGCCAGCAACUAUUAUUCGGCCGAAGUUUUUUCUGGACUGUUUGACGACAACCUCGUCAUUUUCGAGCCUCCUACCAUCAGCUUCCUGAGGAGGGAGGAGUUCAGAGGCUGCCUGGACUCACUGGAGAAGAAGAAGCAGCAAGAAUACCUGGAGCUCCUUCACCUCCACAAGACUGCGAAUCGCGCGGUCUUGGCCGAGGACGAGGACGGAGAGCUAGAGAACGGGGCCUUCGUGGACCUGGGCAGGAGAACUCCGCAGCUUGCGGGAGAGGAGGAGGGCAGGAGGGCUCCUGGUGGAGUCUUCUUCGAGAGGAGGCCGUCAACAGGAGAGACCGUCGCGCUAGUCCCCAGCUAA